UUUAGGUUUUACUCGUCUUACUCUUAUUAGUACUGUGUAGUACUCGACUCGCUCGUACUCCUGCUUUCGAAAUUCUUCACUCUUUUCAAAAUCAACUCCUCCUCAAGUUCCAAACCAGAUUUUCGGAGGAUCUGCUGAGAUUCGGUGAUGGAAUUCAAACUCAGAGGAGGAGGAGGAGACGAAGACAGGGCUUCGACCUACUUUUCUUCUGGUUCCAGUGAUGGCUACUUCACUGAACAAGCAUUGCGAGCGGGUUAUAUAACUGGUGACAUGGUGAAGGACGAUUUUGUGAGGAAUCCAAUGAAUGUUAGAGCAUCCAUUCAGCGGGAACUCGAGAAGCAGAGGAUCAGAGAAGAAAUAAUUGCUGCAGAGAGGCGGGCUCUUGAGAUGGAGGUCAGAAGGGAGUUGCUAAUGGAGCGUGAGUUGGCUUUACAGAGAAGGGUCCAUGCCCAUGCGUUUUCUGUAAUGAGUUCUUCAAUGUCAGUGUUGAGGGCUGACCAAACUCUCUCCUUGAUUCCUCAUCCGGAGGGCAGCAGUAGGGUUGAGGAGAGUUUGGGGUUUCCUAAUCGAGCGGAGGUUGGAAUGCAUCAACCAGAGGGGACAAGGACUGAGGAGAGGCUCUCACUGCCUCCUGAACUUGGGGCCUUGGAGAAGCCUCCGUUGCGGAGAAGUUUAGAGCCAAGGGUAGCCGAUGUUAAACCUCUUGCUGAAGUGGGCAAACAAGUGUUGUUCUUUGUGAGUGCCUUUUCUGACAUUGCUUCAAUUUCUUUCCUACGGUUCUUUCCUUGAAUUUUUUUCUUAAGU